CAGGGAUCCAACAUCGACAGUCCAAAGCUCUGUAACUCAAACCUGCCACAGAGAGACUGCUGAUGUCAACCGAAACCUUCAGGAACCACCAGAUCGAUCUCGAUUACACAGUGCGAAUCCUGCUCUACUCCAUAAUUUUCCUCCUAAGUGUUUUUGGGAACACGAUGAUUAUUCUGGUGCUGAUUCUGAACAAGAGAUUGCGGACUGUGACAAACUCCUUCCUGCUCUCACUGGCUCUUAGUGACCUGAUGGUGGCCAUUUUCUGUAUGCCAUUCACCCUCAUCCCCAACCUCCUGGGAGACUUCAUCUUUGGCCAGGCGAUGUGUAAAAUCACUGCCUAUUUCAUGGGAAUCUCGGUCAGUGUGUCCACAUUCAGCUUGGUGGCCAUCGCGAUUGAACGUUACAGUGCGAUCUGCAACCCGUUAAAGUCACGUGCCUGGCAGACCCGAUCACACGCUUACCGAGUCAUUGCAGCCACCUGGCUCCUGUCCUUAGUAAUCAUGAUACCGUAUCCCGUCUACAAUCUGCUUCACCCCUUCCAGAGAGCGGACAAGAGCACAGCUCACAACUGUAGACUCACCUGGCCCAGCAAGAAUGUGCAGCAAGCGUGGUACGUUUUCCUGCUCUUUAUCCUCUUCUUCCUGCCUGGCGUGGUGAUGAUCAUUGCUUAUGGGUUGAUCUCCAGGGAACUCUACAGAGGGAUCCAGUUCGAGAUGAAACAGAGAAAAGAAAACAAAGUGCACACCAAUGGAGCCUCAACCUCCAGCGUUCAGCACUCUGAGGACAGUGAUGGCUGCUACCUGCAAGUCGGCAAGCGGAGGAACACCAUGGAGAUGGCCACGCUGACCCCUAGCACCAGCGCCAAACUGGACCGUGUCCGCAGCAACGCCUCCGAGUCCAAGCUGGUGGCCAAGAAGCGGGUGAUACGAAUGCUGAUCGUCAUCGUGGUGAUGUUCUUCGUCUGCUGGAUGCCCGUCUACACCGUCAACACCUGGCGUGCCUUCGAUGACCUGAAUGCCAUCCGUCGCCUCUCGGGUGCCCCCAUCUCCUUCAUCCACCUCCUGUCCUACACCUCGUGCUGUGUUAACCCCCUGGUUUACUGCUUCAUGAACAAGAGGUUUCGCAAGGCCUUCCUCAGCACCUUCUCCCGCUGCCUCCGUCCGCUGAGGGUCUUCAAAGACCUGGAGGAGGAGGCCGGGACCACUGGGACCUCGAUGUCCAAGUUCAGCUACACCACUGUGAGCACCGUGGGACCCCCCUAA